CGAGCGGUAAGGCUGGGAGGGACGCGCGGGCGGUGACCUCGGGGGCGCUGCGGAGCGCGCCGCCGGUGCGGGCGAAGUGGUUGGACGGACCGGGGGUGACGGUCGUCACGGACGCGCGGCGGUCGAAGCGAACGAGACCGAGACCGGAGAAGAUUCAGAGUCGAGUGCGGGCGGUUCGCGCGCUUUGGGAAGAAUUUUGGGAAAAUCAUCCGCUCGAGUUUGCCGGCGACGAGCCGAGAGCGACGACCGAGGACGCGUCCGAGACGCCGCCGAAGAGAGACGCGUUCGUGCUGUGGAUGCUCAAGGUGAAGGAGCUCGCGCCGGCGGUGUUCGCUCGUGAGAUCGAAUUCAAGCGUGAGUUUUCAAAGGACGGUCGACCGUUCACUACGGCCAUGCGAUUGAUCGAUGAGUGGACGGCGUCGAACAUGCGUCGAUUCUUGGAGCAAUGUCCGAGUCACGCUGGCGACGUCUCGCGCGAGCGAUCGGGGAAGAUCGGCGAGGAAGAAGACGAAGACGCGUCGUGUGGAACGGAAAUCUCACCGACAUUCCAGGAUGAAAACAAAAGUGAGAGAGACACGGCGGAGAAGACGUCGAUACCCACUUUCGAGCUCGAGCCGUUUCCCGUUCUGCCACUUGAGCUUUUGCCGGUGCAGCAUUUUGUCAUGGGUCUAUGGAGUACGAUUCAACCAAAAGCAGGCGACGCCGCGACGCCACGCGAUGGAUCUCAGACACCACCGGCGCCUAAGCCGACAAAGGAGACGUUUUCGCUGCCAUGGCUCGAUCCCGCGUGGGUUGAUUUGCUCUCACCAGCCAGCCCGUCUCGCAAGAAACGGGCGCGAGUUUGGAAAGGCAAAAAUUUAGAUAUGAUCGUGUACGGCUCGGACGAGCGCAAUAGUUGGUCGACAAAGAUUGGCGACUUCCUUAAGCGAGCUCGCUCGGCACUUGGAAAUCGCGUGCUCCAUCGCCAAUCGUGGGGAGGGUCAAUCCUCGACAGCGUCAUCGGCGCAAAUCUCACACAAAACGUCAGUGACGUGCUAUCGAGCACAGCUUUCAUGAACUUGGCAGCCAGAUUUCCUUGCAAUGCCUCGACUGAAACGGAACACGAGACGCGAGUUUACAUCCAUACGAUUGUCGUCGAAAUGUUUGAUAGAAUACGAUCGGCAGAAGCCCGGCUGAUGCGGACGCCGAUCGGGCUUGAUGAUGCAAAAACGAACGAUGAUGAAACCGACUCGAACGAUACGGCGACGCAUCAGCCGUUCGACACGCCACCAAGAGUGAAGCGAGUGGUGAAGAAGCCGGAAAAAUUCUCGGCGGUUAAACCAAAAAGCAAGUCGAAGGAGGUUUCAAGCGCUGUAAAGGAAGCUCUCGCCAGACCGGAUCCACCGCGAAGCAAGUUGACUAUGGACCAAGUGGACUGGUACGCAGUUUUAGACGCUCCUCUCGUCGAUAUCGUUAAGUGUAUUCGAUGCAGAGGUAUGCAUUGGAUGCUUGCGCGCCGAAUCAAAAUGAUACUGAAACGAGUCAUGGCGCAACGCGGAUGCCUUUCACUUGAAUUUCUUCGAGAGGCGCCAACAGACGAGGCUCGCGAGUAUCUCCUCGCUCUCGACGGCAUGGGAGUCAAAACGACGUCGUGCGUGUUGUUGCUUGCAUUACACAGAACAGAUUUCCCUGUGGACGUGAAUGUAGGGCGCAUCAUGGCGCGUCUUGGGUGGGUCCCACUUGAGAGCGAAACUGCGCUUGAAGAGCUUGCUCAGUACGCACCUGAACCUGCGGUGUACACUUUCUUGCGGAAGCGACUGAACUCGUUCGGGAUUGAUAUGCUUUACGAGCUACACUACCACAUGAUUACACUCGGAAAAGUAUUUUGUGGUAAGCGUUUGCCGAAUUGUGGCGCGUGUCCGCUCCGGGACAUUUGCGAAUACGCUAAGCAAGGAGGCAGGUGCAUCGAUCGACCAGAUGGACACACCGGUCUGGCUUCGCUACAGCCACAGAAACCCGUUGCGCCGAUGCGAGCGGCAUCGGAAGAUAUUGAAGACAUCGUUAACGAUCAUCGGCCACCCCAUACGGUACCGAGUACGAUUAGUAACAGCGCCACGAGUUCGGUGCACGUGCUUCGAGCCGUCAUUUCUGCAGGCAUGCUGUGGGAUCGACACGGCAGACCACCUGGUCGGCUUGCGACGAACGUGUUACUUUUGAGCGCUUCAACGGCAAGAGAAGAGAUUCAAAUGGCUUAUAUACGGCUCUCGCGGGCGGUUCACCCCGAUAAGAACCCUCAUCCUGAUGCGGCAAGAGCGUUCAACUACAUCACGGAAGCGCGUCGAGUCGAACUCAACCUGACAUCUGGUGAAGAUGCUCUGGCAAAGAACAUCGAAGCUGAACUCGACGACAUGAUUCGCAUGGCAGCGCAAGAUUACGAGGCCACACUCGAUGAUAUCACUGGGAUGGAGCUCAGUGAGACAGUGGUCAAGGCGAGUAAGGUGCGCUCAGAGACAGUCGGUUGGAUGGUGCCUACAAAUCUACUCCCCGUGGAUUUGAUCGAGGCUCUUUCCGGAGAGGAAGGGGCCAAAGGCUGCAUCGCUGUUCCAAUCGAUGCGAAUGCGACGUCGAUCGACGAAAUCACGAAAGAAAAGAUCGCGGUGGCCAUACUCACACCCUGUGCCAGCUCGAUGGGGAACAAGUUUCCACUCCAUGGCACAUACUUUCAGACGAACGAGGUAUUUCUCGACGAGAAAUCAUCCGUAGUUCCUUUAAAAAUACUCAAAGGUGCUCUUGUAAAGUGCAGACGGGUCAGAGUUCUUGUCGGAACGUCGAUCGGAAGUAUCACUCGCGGUAUGAGUCGAGCGCAGGUGACCGCCGCUUUCGCGAGUCAAAGAAUUUGCGUUCGAAGUUGGAACAGAGUGACGAAGCAGCCGGGGCCACUCCCUAGGUGGCUGUGUCCGUUCUUUCCUCAGCCGCUUGAGCGACCUCUUGAGCCAGAGCCCGCUCCGCUCUCAAAAAAUGGAAGACCGCUUGGAGGUGCGUUAGUGUUGUUGCCGCAAUCGCAGGUGCUUUCGCCAGUCAUCACACAGAGUCAACAACUGGCAAAACUCGCCGCCACGGCCCCAGAAGACUCUGUAGAGCACAAGUUGCUCAAAGAGUUCCAGCAGUUGUUCAAAGGCCAGGGCAAGCCGAAGAUGUCACCCGCUCUCAAGCGAGUGUACGCAGGCGUUCCCAACGAUCCGAAUCGUAAAAGAAGGAAGCUAUUCCCUUCAAUCAGGCGAGGAGAAAAGUGCGGCUAUUGCAAAAAUUGUCUCAAUCCGAGCUUCAAGCAAGCGUGCGUCACGCGACGCAACGAAAUGCGCACGGCACCAAUGAUUGCAUGA